UGAUAGCACAGAGAUGUUCGUGCAUAAUAGGUAAAGAGUUCUUAUAUUUCGAUAGAUCGAAUGCUUCCUCCAGUUUCGGAUUUCGUAGUUUUGUUUUGACUCUGUGCUCGUAUUUAUAAAGAAUAAUAAUUCAUUUUAUUCGAAAGUGUAAUAUAUUAUUAUUUCGGAAACAGGUUUGUUUUUAAGUGGCGUAAUAUUUUUAGAAUGAUACGUCAAAUGGUUGCCUUCUCAGCAAGUUUCAAGCAUAAAAUAAAGGAAGGAAAAUUGUUUAAUAUAAAAUCCAAGAUAAAUACAAUUAUACGAUAUACACAUUUGGUUUGUGCCAAAAUGGAUAGUUCUCGUUAUUACGACAAUCCAUUUGAAGACUAUCCUAAUCCUACUGCAAAUGCACUGGUGAAUGCAUCUGCUAACGAUAUUAAUGAAAAUUAUAAAGAAAGAAUUGGAGUGAAGACAAAGGAAUUGUUGGAUCGAUUGGAAGAGAAGAAAAAUCAUUGGACUCACAAUGAUGAUAAUUCCAUGUAUACUGGAUCUGCAGGGAUCGCAUAUAUGUUUUACCAUUAUGGAAAAUGCUUUAAUGAGCCUGCUUACAUUGAUAAAUCAGUGGAACUGUUAAGGAUAUGUAUAGAUAAGUUCAGACACAAACGGGAAAUCACGUUCUUGACUGGUGUUGUAGGACCAUUGACUAUGGGUGCUGUUGUAUUCCAUUCACAAGGCUAUCGUGAUGAAGCUCAAAAUGCAAUUUCAAAAGUGAAGACAUUGUCCUCUCUUGUUCUGAAUGAGAGUAGCGACUUGCCAGAUGAGUUACUGUAUGGAAGGGCUGGUUAUCUGUUCGCCCUUCUCUUCUUGAAUUCUCAUAUAUCUCCUGCUCCCAUAGAAGAUGAGCUUAUUAAACAGGUGAUUGCACUGAUAAUUAAAUCUGGAAAUCUGUAUUCUGCUUCAAGAAAAUACAAAACUCCUUUGAUGUAUAUGUGGCAUGGAACUGAAUAUCUCGGUGGUGCACAUGGAUUGGCUGGAAUACUUUAUCUGUUGCUACAGGCACAGCAAUAUUUGACGCGACAACAAUUAGAGAAAGAUAUAAAGCCUGCGUUACAGUUUCUUAAAAGCAUACGAUAUCCUUCCGGAAACUUUCCAUCCUCGAUCGGAAGCAACUCUGAUAAACUGAUACAUUGGUGUCAUGGAGCGCCCGGAAUGACAAUGCUGUUCUGUUUAGCUUACAAGAUAUACCAAGAUGAGAGUUACUUGCAAAUUGCUUUGCAAUGUGGGGAGGUGAUUUGGGCCAGAGGAUUGCUGAAAAAAGGACUUGGUAUAUGCCAUGGAGUAGCCGGGAAUGCAUACUCAUUUCUGAGUUUGUACCAACAAACGAAGGAUAUAAAACACCUUUACAGAGCUUGCCAGUUCGCAGAAUGGUGUAUGGAUUACGGAAGGCAUCAAACCAAAUCUCCCGACAGGCCGUUCUCAUUGUUUGAAGGUCUCGCUGGUACAAUUUACUUCUUGAGUGACAUGCAACAGCCGCUCUCAGCAAAAUUCCCUGGCUACUCCAUUUAAGACUAAUACUCUUUCGUAAUAACUGUUUACUUCCCAUGCACUUUUGUCGAAUAGAAAAUUAUUUAAUAAAUGGAUUCACGAACUGA